AUGGAACUUAGCGGUCAGCAACCAGAUACUAAUAUGGCUUUUUACUAUCAUUGGAAAGUAUGGCAUUGGAUGGGUAUUAAAGCUCCUAAGCAGAGCAAUUUACAAGUCUAUCGCAUUUAUGCAGUGGUUAUAAACUUUGUGGUCACCUUUCUAUUUCCUUUGACCUUAAUUGUUAAUGUAUUUUUCGCUCAAAAUACCCAACAAUUGUGUGAAAAUUUAACCAUUACCAUAACGGAUACUAUAGCUAAUUUGAAAUUUCUUAAUGUUUAUUUGGUGCGUAAGGAUUUGGAAAGAAUUAAGGCUAUACUGGGUAAGCUGGAUAGGAGAGCUAACAAUUUGGAAGAACAGAAAAUUCUCAAAGAUGCCAUUAGAAUUUCGCAAUUAUCAUUUUUAAUAUUCGUGCGCCUGUAUAUGGUGGGUACAGGUUUAAGUAUUUUCAAGGUUAUAUUUGCCCAAGAACGUUGUUUAUUAUAUCCUGCCUGGUUUGGAGUCAAUUGGUUUGAUAAUACUUUUAUGUAUAUCAUAGUAAUGAUCUAUCAAUUGUUUGGUCUUAUUGUACAAGCAUUACAAAAUUGUGCUAAUGAUUCCUAUCCUCCCGCGUAUCUUAUUAUAUUAACGGCUCAAAUGAAAGCUUUGGAGGUGCGUGUUAGAGCUAUAGGUCGUAAGGAAGACGAAGAAGAACAUGUAUGGCUAACUAAAGAGGAACGUUUGAGAAACUUACAUGAAUUUAAUGCAUGUAUUAAGGAUUAUAACAAUAUCUUAAAACUAUUUACCAUUAUUGAAAAUAUCAUUUCGAAAGCUUGUCUAGCUCAAUUUGUUUGUUCGGCUUUGGUUCAGUGCACCGUUGGUUUACACUUUCUAUAUGUUGUGGAUGCUGCUGAUUAUAGUGCUCAAAUUCUAUCGAUAAUCUUCUUUGUAGCUGUUACUUUGGAGGUGUUUAUUAUAUGCUAUUUUGGUCAUUGCAUGAGUACUCAAAGUUGGAAUUUAACUUAUGCCUUCUAUUCUUGUGGCUGGUUGGCUCAGGAGCCUAGUUUUAAAAAGAAUUUGUUGAUAACUUUGAUGCGCACGCAAAGACAUUCGAUUAUUUAUGCUGGCUCUUAUAUACCAGUUGAUUUGCCCACAUUUGUGCAGCUAAUGAAAUACGCUUAUUCCACAUUUACUCUAUUAAUGCGCUUUAAAUAA